UCGUAACUUUUAUCUAAUAGCAGAAUUGCUUUUGGGAUUAUGUUCUCGUUGGAUUACGCGAAUCGUUUGCAAGUAGAAAUCGCGUUUCGGCAAUGACGAUGGAGAAACUCUGGCUUUCCUUUUGGUGAUUUUUGUUGAUUACCCUGUUUGGUCUCCAAGAAAAUCGGACUGGGUUAGUCGAGAUUCACUCGCCAACUCUUUGUCUUGUAGCAGAUUUCGUCGGGCCAGCCGAAACGGACGAACGAGUGUCGAACCUGUUCGAUGAACUUGAAAAGAUUCAGAUUCGCCACAUCUUGGGGUUUGGAUGAUGUGUUACCUGAAAUCGAAUGUUGUUAUCGUCAUUACAGAUUUGGGCGAGAAGUAGGUUAAUUUCUUUUGAUGUUAGGGAGGGAAUUCGAGGGUCCAAAUGCCAACAAUUCAGCAUUUCGAUCGAGCAGACACUUUCCAGUUAAAGUCUCAGAUAGAGAAGAAGCUUGGUCGGGCCAAAACAGGGAACUACCUUGAUCUCCUGUCCAGAUUUCUGAGCUCCAAACUAAGCAAGUCCGGCUUCAAUAAGCUGUUUAUUGCCACGGUCGGGAGGGAUAACAUCCAUCUCCACAACGAUUUGCUCAGAGGUAUUAUCAAGAAUGUAUGUAUUUCGAAGACACCUCCCUCGAAAAGGAACGUUCCAAAAGCUUCACUUCGAGAUAAGAAGGAAUCGAAUGGGUUCAAGAGAAGUAUUAGUUUCCAGUCAUUGUGCAAAGACCUUCCCCGAUCGCCUCGUAGAGGAAGGACUCCUAAUAUCCGUGACCGUAGAUUUAAAGAUAGCAAGGGAAAGANCCAAAUCACUGAGGUUUUUUCUUAUGGUGGAAGGCCACCAUGCUCUACAGAAGAUGGGGAAGAGGUUGACCAGUCAACGGUAAGCCCGGGGACUCACAGCAAGAAUCAACACAUCGAAGCUCCUCUUGGCAUUAGUCUCAGAGAAAAGACACCGAGACAAACGAUGAUCUCUGGUAGAUUGCUGUCUGGUUCUCAUGUGGAAACAUGUUACAGUGUAGGUGAACUUCCCGACACUGUUUCUUUACAGAAGAAAUUGGAACAAACCUUUCCGAGCAUGGAGGGGUUAGAAGUCUCUUUAGGGUUUACCAACUUGUUAAACACGGGCCUCGAUGCUUUCUUGAAGAGGCUGAUCAAACCAUGUUUGGAAUCAGCAACUUCAAGGUCCAGUCGAGGAGAGAUGUGUCGAGAUUUAUGUCCUGCCAUGGCUGACAGUAACACUAACAAUCUCUGUUCCGAGAGAUACAUUCAAGAAACGCGUUUUCCCGUGUCUGCAUCAUUGGAGGAUCUUCAAGUAGCGAUGGAGGUAAAUCCGUCGAUUCUUGGUGAAGACUGGCCCACGAAACUUGAGAAGUUUCGGUUACUUGCACCAGAGGAAUCAUUACAGACAGAAGCUAACUAUGAUCCGAAGACAUGCUUUCAACUAGAUGGGAGAUUCUUACACUGACGACUACGAUAGAUCUUAACAGAGGACGAGGUGGGGCAAUGCGGAACCACGUAAAAAAAUAAAAAAGGUACAUGGGUUUUCUCAUUGACAUGUUUAGGUUUUUGUACAUAAUGGUUAUUUGCGCUGAUUUCAUACGUUUGGGGGUUGGAUUCGGCAGUGGCGUAUUACGAAUAUAGAUUAGCUUGCUUCCUUUGUGAAAUUGAUAAUUCAUAUGGUUCGUCU